AGCAACAGAAGAAGAAGAGGACCCGGAAAUGACGCAAAGAGCACAGAACCAAAACAGUUAAAAUCUGACAGCUCGGCAGCUGACCGUCCUGCUAAAGGUUUAUAAAAUGCAAUGGAAAAUGUUACUGCCAGUGUCCGAAAUAAUUUACAUUAUGUAACCAACAACUUUAAAAAACAGGAGAAACUUUUUCUCGGACUGUGGAGGAAUGCUACAGCGAGGAAAAUGCUCUUUGGGCUACUUUAUAGCUGCAGCAGCUCUUCUCUAGCUUGCUCCAUGGCGAUCUAUGGGCUGAACAUUACCAUAUAUAGCCCGGCCACAGACCUCCCUCGCCGGUGAAAUGUAAACGGUGAGUUACUCCGUAGGGCAAGCAAUAACAAAACCACCAGUAGAAAAGAAAGACAAGAAAAAACACCAAGCUUCCACCAUGUCAUCUGACCAGAUUAUCGCCAUCGUCAUGGAUGACAAAAUCUUCGAGGUGAAUAAAAAGAAGCUAAUAGAGAAGAGCGACUACUUCCGCGCAUUGUACAACUCGGGCAUGCGGGAGUCCACGGAGGACUGUGUGCAGCUGCAGGGGCUCAGCGUCCCCGGCCUGGAGCUGGUCCUGGAGUUCAUCAACACCUCCAAGGUGCAGGUUGUCAACGAGACUCUAGAGGACCUGAUUGAGACCGCCUCCUUCCUGCAGGUCACUUCCAUCCUCAAGCUCCUCACCUCAGAGAUCCGGCAGGACAACUGCGUGGAGCUGUACAGCCUCUCUGAAGUGUACGGCACUCAUGAUCUGCGUAACGCCUGCCUCAAGUACAUGACCUGCUACUAUCACCCCAUGCUGAGGCGUCCAGAGUUCAGCAGCCUGCCCUCUGCUGUCAGAGAGCAAGUGAAAGAGAUGCGCAUGAAAGGCACCGCCACCCUGGUGGCCAUCGGGGACUUCACCUGCUUGUCCCUGGACGUGCCAGACCAGGAUGAACCCUGGUCCAUGCUGAGGUACGGAGAGGUGGAGCAGCGCUGGAAGCCGCUCGCAAACAACCUGCCUCCAGACAUGAUCAACGUCAGAGGGUACGGCUCAGCUGUCCUGGACAACUACCUGUUCAUAGUGGGUGGAUACAGGAUGACGAGCCAGGAGAUCUCUGCAGUGCACUGCUACAACCCCUGUAGGAACGAGUGGAACCAGGUGGCUCCGCUCAACCAGAAGAGGUCCAAUUUCAAGCUGCUGGCGGUUCAGGGGAAGCUGUACGCUGUAGGAGGCCAGUGUCUGGGCACGGUGGAGUGUUACAGCCCGGAGCAGGACUGGUGGACCUGUGUGUCCUCAAUGCCCGACCCGUUGGCUGAGUUCUCCGCCUGUGAGUGCCAGGGAAUGAUCUACGUCAUGGGUGGAUACACUGCGAGAGACAGGAACACAAACCUCCUCUGUUACUGCCCCACCUCUGACACCUGGACGGUGUUUCGAUCCUGUUCGUCGCACAUCCGCAAGCAGCAGAUGCUCUCAGUGGAGGACACCAUCUACCUGGUGGGUGGCUACACCCACGAGCUGGAGCCCGGUCGGCGGCAGCGGCGUCCCAGCCAGACGGAGGACGUGCUGACGGUGCAGUCCUACAACGUCACCACCGGGGAGUGGAUCCAGCUGAAGGAGAACACGUCCAAGUCGGGCCUGAACCUGACGUGCACGCUUCACAACGACGGCAUCUACAUCAUGAGCCGGGACGUCAGCCUGCCCACCAGCCUGGAGCACCGCGUCUUUCUCAAGUAUAACAUCUUCUCCGACGCCUGGGAGGCCUUCAGGCGCUUCCCGGCUCUGGGACAGAACAUGCUGCUGUGUUCGCUUUACCUCCCUAACACGCUAUGAUCGUCGGGGCUGAUGGGAAGAACUUCAGGGGACACUAACAGGGAAAGUGAAGCCCGUACAGCAUUAAUAUUGGCCAGAGCGUGGCUUGCUUGUUCUUGCACAGAAUGUGGCUCUGUGGGAUUAGUGGGAACAGUGUGUGGUUGCCAGGUUGAACGCCUCGUGACCUCUGUGCCUCAGAAAACGCACUACCAUUGUACAUACUGCUGUGGAUGCAAAUACAAAAGCUACAUUGACAAGUAUGACACUGAUGAAUUGCCAUGGCCUGUAGAUCAACAGCAUCAUAACAGCAUGCUUCUACAUCUAUAGGCCGCAAUAUUCCUGAUGUUUACACUCCAAAUAUGGCAUUGACACAUUACAUAUUUAUCCUUAAUUCACUACCAACCUUAAAUUAUCUCAGAAACAAAACACAUUCUUGUCUUUGUGUACUGUACAUAGCAGAUAAUCAUGAAAAAUGGCUUUGGUUUUACACUGCCAGUUUCAUGGGAUUUGAAAGUUAUUGGCUCAUGUGUUAUUUGCACAUUUGUUUUAUUUUUCAGAGAUACACUAAGCAAAGCUUAAUGCGCAAUUCCAUGAAAUGAAACGAUGCACAUGUGCCUUCUGCAACCUCAGUUAGGAAUUUGAUACAAAUAAAAAUAAUAAUAAUAAAAAAAAAAAAAAGCACAAAAAGCAAGACUUUGUUACAUUGCCAGCAACUGACCAAAACUGCUGUGUUUUAUUUUUCCUCUGUGCUAGAAGCAGAUUUUCAGUUCUUCGGUUGAAUAAUUAGUGUAUGCAGACAUGAAAAUACACGCCUCAAAUAGAGAUUAUUUUCUGAAACUCUUGGGAGUUUUGAGUAAAUACAACACUUAACGAUGUUUUAUUUGGUGGAUUAAAGCUUCUCUCUGCGUUACUCAUAUGUUUGACACUUUGGAAAAUUAGGCCAUGACAAUAAAGAUGAUGUUCAGGGG